UGAAAUGAAACGGGUUCGGCGUUUCGAAAACUCGCACAACUGUUCGUUCUUGACCUAGGCUUAUAUUGCAACUGAUGGUACUUCGGAUAUGUCAUUGAGAAGACGCAACAGCUUUUAUAGAAGUUUCAAAGAUGCAUGUCCAGAUUUCGAAGAAAUGCUUUUGGACAGGGGAGCAACAGCAGCUGCACAGAAUAAGUGGGUUUUCGAAAUCGCCUGGGAAGUGGCAAACAAAGUUGGCGGUAUUUACACGGUGAUCAAAUCUAAGGCCCCAGUCAGUGUAGGAGAACUGGGAGAACAGUACUGUUUACUGGGUCCUUAUAACGAGGCGUGUGUGAGAACGGAGGUAGAAAUCCUAGAACCUCAUCAUUACAUCUACAGGCAGACUCUACAAUCAAUGAGAGAUGCUGGUAUCAAGGUUUACUUUGGUCGUUGGCUGAUUGAUGGAUACCCUAAGGUCGUUCUGUUUGAUAUUGGAUCAGCUGCAUGGAAACUCGAUGAAUUUAAGUAUGAGCUGUGGGAGAAAGGUGGCAUUGGUAUUCCGUGGCACGACCGGGAGUCUAAUGAUGCCGUCAUAUUUGGGGCUUUAGUGGCAUGGUUCAUAGGCGAGUUCCGUAAAAACUUGACAGACCAGCCUAUGGUGGUGACACAUUUUCAUGAGUGGUUAGCGGGAGCGGGCCUUAUUUACCUGAGGACAAGAAAGGUAGACUGCACCACCAUCUUCACCACCCACGCUACACUCCUAGGACGGUACCUGUGUGCGGGGAGCUCAGACUUCUAUAAUAAUAUUGAUAAGUAUAACUUGGACAAGGAAGCGGGUGACCGGCAGAUCUACCACCGCUACUGUAUGGAGAGGGCAGCCGUACACUGUGCUCAUGUGUUCACCACAGUGUCGGAAAUCACAGGCGUGGAGGCUGAAUACUUACUCAAAAGGAAACCAGAUGUUAUUUUACCAAAUGGUUUAAAUGUCGUCAAAUUCAGCGCAAUCCACGAGUUCCAGAAUCUCCAUGCCAUUUACAAAGAGAAAAUUCACGAUUUUGUCAGGGGACACUUCUACGGGCAUUACGACUUCGAUCUAGAUAAGACCCUUUAUUUUUUCUCGGCUGGACGAUACGAGUUUUCCAACAAAGGUGCUGACAUGUUCAUUGAGUCUCUUGCCAGACUGAAUUACUAUCUCAAGCAAGCAAACAGUGAGAUGACAGUAGUAGCCUUCUUAAUCUUCCCGACAAAGACAAACAAUUUCAAUGUGGAAUCACUGAGAGGUCAAGCCAUUUCUAAACAGCUGAAGGAAACAGUCCACCAUGUACAGACACAGAUCGGCAAGAGGAUAUUUGAACAAUGUCUUAGGGGGAAAAUUCCAACAGGGGAUGAGAUUUUACAGCAAGAGGAUAUAGUCAAGUUAAAGAGGUGUAUCUACUCUGCUCAAAGGAACAGCUUGCCUCCGAUAUGUACCCACAAUGUAAAUGAUGAUGCUACUGACCAAAUCUUAGGUGCUCUCAGAAAAUGUCAGCUCUUUAAUAGAAAAGAGGACAGAGUUAAGGUUGUGUUUCACCCCGAGUUUCUGAAUUCCACCAAUCCGCUGUUUGGAUUGGACUAUGAGGACUUUGUUAGAGGCUGUCAUUUAGGAGUAUUCGCUUCAUACUACGAACCCUGGGGGUACACACCUGCGGAGUGUACAGUCAUGGGCAUACCCAGCAUCUCCACCAAUCUCUCCGGCUUCGGCUGUUUUAUACAGGAUCACGUCACAGAUCCCAAAUCCUACGGCUUGUAUAUAGUGGACCGUCGAUAUAAAAGUCCAGAGGACUCGGCCCAACAGCUUACUCAGUAUAUGUAUGAUUUCACAUGUUUAUCCCGGCGACAGCGUAUCAUACAGAGGAAUCGCACGGAGCGUCUCAGUGACCUCUUGGAUUGGAGAAAUCUGGGCGUGUACUACCGGAAGGCGCGACAAAUUGCCGUGGCCCGAGCUUACCCAGACCUCGCAGCUAAGGAGGAAGAGAUACUUCAGAGUAAAAAGUUCAUGUUCCCCAAGCCUGCAUCUGAGCCCCCUUCCCCGUCAAUGUCGCGUUCCUCCACGCCCGCCCCCUCAGAGCAGGGGGACGAUGAGGAGGAUGAUAUUGAUGAGGAUGGGGAAAAUGCAGAGCUGAACUCAAACCCGGAAGCAGACAGGCCAUUGUUUAAAUCCUGAAAGGAGAGUUUCACUAACUCUUGACCUUUUAGGAAGAGCUGAAGGGGGUUCCUUUAUCAGGUUUAGAGGGGUGAAACGUGUAUUGACGAUUUGCUUUAUAAGAUGGAACGCUUUAUUAUCAGCUUUAACAGUCAGGUUGAUUAGAGGUUAAUGAGUUGAUCUCAUUAGCUCCUCAGCUUUGAGUGUGUUGUGUUUGUAGCAACAAUCAAUGUGAAUCACUUGGAACAUGUGUAGAUGAAGGUUGUCACCAAACAAUAAGUGAAUAGGAAGGGGGGUGGGUGAAAUUACUGUUUUGUGCAAAACAUAUUGCAGUGUGCCACAGAUCAUAUCAUUUGUAAAUAUAAAGAAACAAUGCUUUAUUGAUAGAUACAAAUGUACAUGAUAUAUGAAAGCUAGGAGAUUAUUCUGUUUUGAUGUAAAGUUUGUUAGUUACUCAGGUGACUUUUCUCUGUUGUGUAUUCAUUAUUUUCAACUUCACAAAUGCUGCUGGGACGUUUUUAACCAAUUUUGGUAUAUAGCAUUUAUGAGAUAAAGGCAACAAAUGGUGUGAAUUCUAUGGUCCCAGGUCCUGUGAAAGUAAAGGGUCUAAGUCUUAAAAAUGAUGAUACCAGCACCAUUAAAAUUUAGAGACUGUGUUGUUAGUGUGGUGCUCUGUAAUGAACUUGUAUCAUUUCUUGAUUUCAAAAAAUAUAUGCAUAUGCAUAGUAACAGUAUACUGAGAGAUUUCUACCAAAAUGUUGAAAUCCAUGGUUCAGGAUUAAGGAAGAAUAGCACACCAAGUGUUUUUGUUUUCUAUGACAUUGAUUUGAUAUCAAACAUGGCAUAAUGGUAGCAUCAGUUAAGGAGGAAUAACACUCCAUAGAAAUUUGAUAUGGAAAGUGGAGAAUAUGUUAAUUAUAUUUUGAAAUUGAAAAGUUUGAAAUUUACUUUAUUUAAUCAAAAAAUACAGUUUUAGUAGAAAGUACUUUGUGAAAAAAAUUUUUUAAACCUCUGCUGAACUCGAAUACACUAUCUACAGGUCAGCAGUCAACAUUUCAACUGACUGAGCUACAUAGCUAAGCAAUCAAAUUUAAAGGAAAUAUGCAAAUACUUUUGAUAUUUUCAUUCAUGAUUUGAAAGGAGGCCAGCCAUUAAUAUGUAGUAUACCUCCUUAAGGCUUUAAGGUUUUCUUCCUUCUACUUUAUUUCAAGGUGCAUCAACCAUACAAAUUGUAUCCAUAGUUCAAAUGUGAUGGGAGGCCUCUACCAUUUGAAAUUCUUGGCCCUUGUUUGUUGGCAAGGAUGAUUGUGAAAAGUUUGACAACCUCAGUUUAAUUAAUUAACUACCAAGAUGAUCCUCGAGGGAGUAAACAUCUGAAAUUAUAAAGUGAAAUGCAUUAUAAUUUUUAGAACAAUAUUUAUUAUUACCUGCUAGUUUUAAGAAAUUGAGCAAGCUGUACUGUGAAAUCAAAGAGUUAACUGCAUAUUACUCAGGUGACUGUUAAGGCCCAUGGGCCUCGUGUUAAUUAGAUACCACAUGUAUUACUUUAAAAUAGGUGUAUAGAUAGAUAUUUUUCAAGGAUAUGUGCUUUUGAAACAGCCAUAUAACACCAGCAUUGUGAUAGUCUAAAACUGUGCUUUCUUGUGAGUAUAUCACACUAGAGAAAUAGCUUUUCAAUGCUUUGCCAAAUUAACAUUUGUUAAGAACUAGAUUGAAUUGCCCAGAUUUUGUAAGGCUGACACAGCAUGAAGUAAGCACACAUUGUCGGAAAUCUUUCUUUUUUUCAAAAGCAGAUGAACAAAUCUGCCAUGCUUUCAACCAACCCAGGGUUGAAGAUACAGCAUCUGUUUGUAUGCUUUGGAGACGAUUUGUGAAGGGGAAACCUAUGUACAUGUACAUUUAGCCUUGUCUGGUUUUUUAAACCAAGAGACUAAAUAUUAGGUAAACUGAAGCUAUGUCACUGUUGAAGGUUAAGGUCAUUAAUCAAGGUUAAUUUUUUGAUAUGCCUCAACUAAACCUGACCAUGGCUCUUGGGCAUUGUGUUUCACAACCACAUCUUGUCUCAUUGUGCAGAAAGAUUGACUUUAUAGGAUACAGUUCUUAUAAAUCUGACCUAGCAGGCAGUUUUAUUUUAUCUUUUCCUGUCCACAUUUCUGGAUAACAUAUUAUAGUUAAUAUUGUAAUGUGCCAUAUACACCAAGUGGUUAUACCGAUACACCAGUAAGUGCUGCAAAAGUUUGUGUUGCACAGGUUUACAUCCCAUGUUGAUCAAGAGUUUUCGUUCUGAAUUAGCUCUAGAAUUUGCUGUUAAAAUAGUUUUAAAAUCUCAAAAAGAAAUAUCCUAUUUUAACCCAUCUUUGACAUUUUUCUUAGGUGCGUUAUGCAACAAAUCCUACUGUGUAUAUUGGUGAAAUCUUCGACAUGUUCAUGUUGAUUGGUCAAUGAUUUUGUAUUUUUGAUAGUGAAAAACAGUUUUACAACUAUUUAGCAUAUGCAGUCUUGUUAAUUUGUACAAGUGUUCUUGUUACCUUGAAAUCUGCUUCCAUACUAUUGUUGUUAUGCUUUAUUCAAUUCAAAUUACAUCAGAAUAAUGGAAGUCUGUGAAAAGAACUUUAUACGGAGUGUGUAUUUAGUUUUCCUCUUUCAGCGAGUAUUUUACAAUUAGUAAGACAUUUCACCCAGAACAUGCACAGAAGGAAGAAACAAAAACCAUAUUGUUUCAUUCAGAUUAAAGACUUUGAACACAAGGUAUUUUUCUCUGGGAAAUGUUAAAUUAAAUGUGUUUCCACAAUCAAAGCAAACAGUCCAUGCUGUCAUUAGGUAGAUGUGUUGAGCAUCAUUUCUAAUGUCUCUAAGUUUACAAUGAGAUUUUUUACAUAGUGUAACAUACAGAAGCCUCUUUCCUAUAUCUGCAUAAUUAGUCACUAUAUUCGGGUAUUAUAGUAUUAUCGUUAUAUUUACUAGUGAGUGUAACCCGUAUAUGGAGGUUUGACCGGGUAGUUUCGUGUGGCCCAGCGCAGCUAUAUAUUUUUGUCAGGUACUGUAGACAUGUGACCUCACUACAUCACAACUCAAAAAAAUUAUCUAGUUGGUUGUUUUUUUGUUGGUUUUUUUUUUUUUUUUUUUUUUUUUUUUUUUUUUUUUGGUGAACUAGUCUGUACAAAUAUUGUUAAAGAUAUAAUAUAUAUGACGUAGGUUAUCGCACCAGAAUCACUGAUUUUCUUUUGAUUGUGUGCUUCCAUAGACCUUUGUUUCUGUGAUACCUGAUUCUCCUCUAUUUUUACGGUUAACAUUGUUUCACGUUAACAUGGGAAUUGUUGCUGAACAUAACAAUACAUGUAUAAAAAUGAUAUACUUCUAGUGCUACAUUUUUCUAAACCUGUUUGUUGCUUGUUGACUGCGUUUUAAAUCCUAUUGUGAAUUAUACACACAGAUGUUUAUUAUUGGUUAAUAAUGUACUAUAUUAAUAAAGUGUAGCCUCAUUUUCU